GCCGCGCGCCGCGCGGCGGCGCGCGGCGGCCGCGGCCCGAGCGCUCGGUCGCCAGGGGCGCCGCGGAGGCCGCCUGGUCUGAGCGCCUGGCGCCCGGCCGGGAGGCCGUGGAGGCGGCGGAGGCGCGGGGUUCGCCGCCGCAGAGGUCGCAGAGGCAGCGGCCCCGGCCAGACGAGGCCCGCGGCCCGGGCCGCGGGGAGCGCAGGACGGGCGCCUGGCAGGAGCGCCUGGCCCAGCGCCGAAGAGGUGGCGGCGGAGGUGCGCCUCCCGAUCCCGCCGCCGCGGCGAGCGGCGCCAGACGCCUCCGGGCAGUCGCCGCCCGCCCGCGGGGUCUGCCGGACGUGGUCGUUCCGCCCACCCUGGUGGCGCGAGGGGAGUCGGAGGCGGACUUCCAGAUCACGGUCAGCAAGCACGGCAGGUUCCAGACCCUCGGCGUCGUGCAGACCAACGUGCCCGGGAGGGGUUCCAUUGUCAUCGAGGGUAUCAAUGAUGGCCUGGUGUCGGAAUGGAACGACAACGCCAACAUGAAGGGAGACCUGUCCAAGAUAGUUCGGGUAGGUGACCGCAUCGUUGCAAUCAACGGCGUCUUCGGCAAUGCGGAGAUGAUGAUCCUUGAGACGCGGCAGUCUCAGGAGAUGACUCUGGUCAUCCGCAGAGACCUGACAAAGGAGAAGGAGUCCCUCAACUCGCUGCUGAGCUUUGCUCGCUCGGUGAAGCAGGAAGCAGCAGCGCAGGCGCCCAGCACUCAGGAGCCAGUGAUCAAGGGCAAGAAGCCCGACCGCAUUACGAAGGAGGUGGUGCGAGAGGCCAGGGAGUCUUUGGACCAGGGCCUCAAAGAGAAGGCGAUGACGGAAUGGUUCCUGAACAAGCAGGCGAAGGCGGAAGUAGGGCGCGAGUCCAUUGACAAAGUGUCUCAGGAUUCCACGUCUAUCACGACGCGAGUCAAGGGCGACCAGGCGUUCGAGCGGGCGCUGAAGCUCGAGCGGGGGGAGAAGCUCACAGGCAUAGUCACCGCGACGUGUGCAAAAGGCUUCUUCGUCAACUGUGGACUGAACAAGGACGCAUUUGUCCCCGCGGACAAGAUGUUGAAGAAACACCUCGAGCCGAAGGAGGCGGUCGAGAUCGGCGAGGAGAUGUCAGUGUGGGUCUCUCAUGUGGACUACAAACCAGGGACGAUCCCGAAGAUCACGGUCCAUCAGAAGCCGCCGUUCGACCCAGAACCCUUCAAGCAGUACGGGCAGGGUCACUGGAUCCUGGGCAACAUUACAGGCAUAGACAGCGAGGGGAUCGACGUCCUGAUCCCCCCGCCCGACGACGGCGAGUGGCAGGAGGGCAGGGUGCGCAAGAACGACAUCCGUGAGAAGACGCCCGGCAUGCCGCGGGUCAUGCCCAAGCAGGAGGGCUUCCGG